CCGCCGGACACCGCAUUUCGCUGUCAGCGAUAACGGCCUAGUCAGUUCUAACGGAAAGCAUUCUCAAACGCCGGGGCUUGCUCACCUGUCGACUGGCGUCGCACGGGCCACCGCCCCAGCGUAAUCUACAUUCCUCGCCCGGCGACGCUCUCCGCGAAGACAAUCUGGUGUGUGGGCAUCUAUUUUGUGGUGUGAAAUUUGAGCUGCACCGUGCACCCAUCAAACUGAGCAGCCAUGGAUGAAGGGGUUGCUUGUGUCAAGUACAUUCUCAUCACUUGCAAUCUACUCGUCUGGAUUCUAGGCCUGGGUGUACUGUCUGUCGGCAUCUGGAUCCGGUCAGACCCAGACUUCUGGGUGUACCAGGAUAAUCUCCCACUGUCCAACUAUUACAAUGCCUGCUACGUGGUCAUGGCCGUGGGUGUGCUGCUACUUGUCCUUGGCUUCAUGGGUUGCUGCGCCGCUGCCAUCGACAGCCCUUGCAUGCUUCUCACGUACUUCAUCGCUAUGUUCGUACUUUUGAUCAUGGAGUGCGCUGUCGCCGGGUUGGUCUGGAAGGUGGCCGACGGAGACCAGCUGCAGCACCACCUCGCAGUGAGCAUAGAAGAGAAAUUAGAUACAGUCUCCUAUGAUUCACACGCAAGACGAUUCAUGGAUCUCAUGCAAGUUCACCUUGAAUGUUGCGGUGCCAUUUCGAAGCACGACUACGAGGUCCGAGACAUGACUAUACCGCAGUCCUGCAGCAGUUCCAGAACGAACAACAUCUUCAUAUACGGGUGCAGUGAAAACUUGCGUGUCCUUCUUGAGAGGACAGGAGCCGUUGUCGGUGGCUUGGGCCUGGCGCUUGGAUUUGUGCAGAUAAUCGUCAUGAUCAUCUCCAUCUGCCUCUUCUGCACAAUUCGUCAGGAUUCUAAGUAAUUAGUUGACGCGGCAGACAUAUUUUCACGGGAAUAUUUUUCUGGUUUGUUCAUUCUUAUUCAUGCCAUAGGACAGUAAUCCGAUCGGAGCACCGAAUAUUCUAACAAUACGGCAGGUUCGGUUGUGAUGCAAGAGAAGGAACAAAGAAGAUACUGUAAUAUACUGCGAUCUACAAAGCAUCUUUUUAUUAUGUUCCAGUAGAAUUCUUUUCCGAGCCACCAACAUCAUAUAUAUAGAUUCAUUGCGAAGAAAUUAUGCACGCACACUGACCUUGAAAGACUAAAAAUACACCUGACUGUUGUACAUGUGCUCUUGGAAGUAUUUUUCCACUUUCUCAGAACAAUCCACACUUUAUAGCAUAUACAAGCAUUAUUAUCCGCUUGCAAAAUAAGCAGUUUGCAUUUCACAUGCACGUGUUCAUUUGUAGAGCUUUAUAAAUACACAAACAUUUCCCAUUAUUGUAAACAUUUGAUUUCAUUCACAAAUUCAUACAAUGUCAUGUGUACAUUGAAUAAAUCUGUUUUUUAACUCUUGA